AUGCUCGUGAACACGGUGCUCUCGUCGAUUCCUCGUCUGGGUGACGUGGCCGUGAUGAUGGCGUUUCUGUUCGUCAUCAUUGCAAUCACUGGACUCGUGCUGAUGGACGGCAUCUUUUACCGCACGUGCAGGGCUGACCCGAACCCUACUCUGUUGAACAUUGCCGGCAACGAGUGCUGGCAUUGGGAGUUCACAGACGACGCUCGCCUCUGCGGGGGCAGCUACGACUGCUCGGGGACCCAGCCUGGCGGCUAUUGCUUUGGGCACCUCGAGGACAACAAUCCAAAGUUCGUGCCGAAGUUCGACGGCGGCAGCGACAUGCGAGGCCAUCCUUGGUGUGAGGGCUCUGAGCCCAUGAAGCACCCCGGGAAGCCCGAGACAGACUUCAUCCACUUCGACAACGUGGGCGCGGCGCUUCUGAUCGUGUUCCAGAGCAUGACGGUGGAAGGCUGGACCGUCAUCAUGUAUGACGUCCAGGACGCCUUCAAUCUGUGGUUUGGCACUGGAUACUUCGUCAUGCUUGUCUUCGUCACCUGGGCCUUCUUGUUGAACAUCGCGCUUGCAGUCGUUGACGAGGCGCGGCAAGACUUCCAGGACCACGACAACAAACUCCACGCAGACAAGCAGAAUGAUGACGCAGAGGAGCUGGCCGACGCCGUCCUCCGGGGCCCGGAGGAGAUGGCCGCAGGCGGCAGCGCAGAGAACUUGAUUGCCGACCACGACGGGCCAGGGCUGUGGGUUGACAACAUCGUGGUCUACUUCUUCAACGUGGUGGCCACUAGCGAGAUCUUCAUGAACUUCAUCAUGUUUAUCAUCAUUGCCAACGUGGUUACGAUGAUGAUCGAUGGAAAGUACCCGCCCGACCUGCAUUUGAAGGACUUCCUGUCGUGGAGCGAGACCAUCUUCCUCGUGAUCUUCUGCGCUGAGAUGGUGAUCAUGCUUGGCGGGUACGGCCCGAAGAGCUACUGGUUGAACCCGGUGACUGCCUUCGACGGCGUGAUCGUCAUCGCUUCCGUCAUUUCGAAGAUUCUCGGCGGCGGCGGGCCGUUCACCGCCCUGCGAGUGCUGCGGCUCUUCCGGGUGCUGAACAAGCUGGCGUACUUGUGGCCGCAGUUCAAAGUGCUCAUGAAGGCAAUCAUCCACACGGGGGUCUCCUUGAAUUACUGGCUGGUGCUCUUCGCGUUGAUGCUGUACAUCUUCACGUUGAUGUCCCAGUACUUUUUCGCCCGGAGCUUCUACUUCGUAGACGACGUGUUCUCUCAGGUGGUACCCAGCGUGGACACCGAAGAAGGCGCCCUGGAGUGCCCCAUGCCCUUCGACAAGUGGGAGUGCGUCCCCCGCGCGCACUUCGAGACCCCGGUGUGGGCGUUCGUCACGGUGCCGGGCAGACCUGUUCACCUGCGCCCUGACCGGGAUGGGCCCCUCGAGUUCCUCGCCAUCGUCGUGAUCCUCGUCGCGGGGCCCCUGCUGCACUCCGAGUGGGCCCAGGCGCAGCGCGGGCCUGGUGCAGUCGGCGGCAAGCUUACCCCUGAGCGCAGGGACGCCAUGCUUGCCAUGUCUGCCGAGCACUUCGAGGCCUGCAGCAUCUGGCUCUCGCCUGGUCAGAAGGCGCACCUGCUGGGGCUGCGUGCCGUGCAGACGGGCGACCCGCUGGCCCUCAGUCGCCACGCCAAGCAGCAGCAUGACACGCUCAAGGAUCAGGUCGCCAAGGCCAAGAACGCCUGGGAGAAGUCUCAGGAGGUGCUGGCCAAGCAGCUGCAGAAGACUGCAGAGCUCAAGGCGAAGUACGUGGAGCUUGAGGCCAAGGAGCUCGAGGCGGCCCGCGCCGCCGCCAGCGCCUUCACCGAGCUCGGGCGAGCUUCCAGGCCUCAGCCUGCUGACCAUGCUGCUUACCUUGUGGAGCAGCUGCGGGAGCUGGGGGUCGAGGCGGGCGUGGUCGACUCGAUCAAGCAGGUCGCGGAGGCCCGCCAGAAGGCUAAGAAGGACGAGGAGGAAGCGGCUGCUGCCAAAGCCCGCGAUCACGACCUGGACAUGGACGCGGCCAUCGGCAACCUCAAGCAGGGCGACUGGUUGGACAAGCUCGUCAGCUCUGCAGGUGAGAGCGGUAUCACUCGAUCGCAGCUGGAGGCUGCGCUCGAUGAGCUCGCGGUCUGUUUCCUGGAGGCCCUGGAUCGUUUUCGCGUCUUCGACUACGUAGUUAUGGACUAUUUCGCCACCGUCGCCAGCGACACUGCCGAGCGCCUGCACAAGCAGGCGACCCAGCUGAAGAUAGUCAACUGGGACCGAUGGGUAAAAACGCACUCGGUAGGCACUGGUUGUGGAUACGACCAGGUCCCGCCUAGGAGUUUUCUGCACUUGCCCGACAUUGCGCUCGAGCUAUUGUGCGGCCUCAUCGGGAUGAUUGAGGAGCAGGAGCUGGACGUGUUACGUUCCCAGGCCGCUGCUGCGCUCGACGCCAAGACCAGCGGCAAGAGCCGCACUCUCGCUCUCGCGCUCGCGCCGCAGGUCAACUACGACCCGAUCUGGAGGGCUACGCUGGAGCCUAUCAAAGCCUUCAGCUCUGUUCUUUGGGCGUCGCGUGUGCCAUGUCAUGUCCUAGAGCAUGGCCUUGGGGCUGCUAAAUUGGCGCUUUCUGGGAAAGACCAAAUGUGGCCGCAGGUUCGGGGUCCCUUUGGAGCCUUGUAUGCUACGCUCACCAGAGUCGGGAUCGUCGUCGUCGAGCCCCUGGUCUGGAAGCUGCCUGAUGGUCUGGAGCUGAAACUCACCGACAUCUGCCCCAGGGUCCUCCUUCACUGUUGUGCGCAUGCGGUGCGCCACUGGGUCAACCUGCAGAUUUCGGAGCACCUUCAGAUGCCUGAGUUCCGGACUGGUUUUUGGGAUGGGCCUCUGAAGUACCUCCUGAGCGCCAAGGGGGACCUCACUUGGCAGCAGCGUGGGUACCUCAGGAGUGCUAUCAUUGGAGCUCAGUGGCCCCAAGAUCGGCAAUUUCAACAAGGUUGGAUUGACUCCCCGAAUUGCCUUGCAUGCCAAGAGGCCCCUGGUACCCUCGUGCACCGGCACGCCGUGUGUAAGAGCAUGCUUGAGGCAAUAGGAGAGCCACUCCCCGAUGCAAUCAGACUCAUGCUCCCGCAUGCGGACCAGAAUGACCUGGUGCGCCUGAUGCUGGAGCGAGUGCUUGUCCCGCUCCCCAAGGCCCCUCAGGCGGUGUUGCAGAUGCCGUUGGAGCCUUGUGUGAAAUGGUACGGGGAUGCGCAUCAGCUCACAGGGGAUCUGUAUCUUGAUGGGUCCUUGUUUAUUGAUUAUCCACAUCGCGGGAUAGCUGCCUGGGCAGUCGUCGCGUUGGCCGCCGACAGUGACACGGCUGUCUGCACCAUCACUGGUCUUCUGCCCUUCCCGCUGCAGGACAUAGACGGUGCUGAACUUUACGCCCUGCUUGCAGCGCUCAGGUUUGCUGUGCCACCAGUAGUCAUGCACACGGAUUCCGAUUUCGUGUGGAAAGGUGUGCACAUGCUCCGCCAGACUCCCCCGCCAUGGGCAUGUGCGGAGCAGCGCGGGGACGAGACUAACGAGGUGACAGCUGGCAGCGGCAAGGGGAAGACGCACAUCUCGUGGCGACCAGGUAACCGCUGGACCCGUGCCAAGAGCGCCGGCGAGGGUGUGGCCUCUGCCUCCAUCCAGAGCCUCCAGAAGCUGGUCGAUCUCGCGACGCAGAAGGGCACCGCAGCCAAGACUGCCGACCGCAAGCUCGCGCAGACCACCGAGACGCUGGCGAACCGCAAGGACCAGACCGCUAGGAACAUUGGGGACCUUGCCAACCAGGACCUCGAGCAGGUCUGCAAUCUAGCCAGCAAUGCCAAGAAGAUCAGGGACCAGGCGAGCGACAGCGACAAUGAGCGCACUCAUCUGCACGGCAGUCCGCAGCCAGGAGGCCGAAGGGCGGGCUGCCAGCAGGACAAGUAUGACAUGGCGCAUCGCUCGGCUCGGAGUCCACUCACGAAGACAUGCAACAGCGACAACGAGCACACCGUGACGAGCGACAGUCCGCAGCCAGGAGGCCGAAGGGCGGGCUGCCAGCAGGACAGGUAUGACAUGGCAAAUCGCUUGGCUCUGCGACCACCUAAGGAGACCUACAACAGCGACAACGAGCACCCCGUGACGAUCGGCAGCCCGCAGCCAGCAAGCCGAAAAGCGGGCUGCCAUAAGGACAAGAACGGCAACAACAACGAGCACACCGUGAAGAAGGGCAGCCCGCAGCCAGAAGGGCGGGUCGUCAGGCAGCGACAGCAGACGAGAUGGAACGCCCUGCUCCAUGGCAGGCGAGGCAAGGCCACCGACCGGCCUGGGGCGCCCUUCGCAACGAAGAAGAUCGAGUACGGCGCCCAUCAGCUGGUAUGCGACCGCUGGCCCGAGCUCAGCAUCCACUCCGACGGUGUCGCCCAGGGUCAAGCGAGGUUCUCCCUUCCAGAUUCUGCAGUCAUAGGUCGUGACGCCAGGCUGCUGAAGCUCGGGGCCAGCACGCUGCGCAGACCGACGACGUGUGGAGCCGACCUCAGGCAGGAGCAGCUCUGCCUGCUCGUCCUCGUCAAGCUUCAGCUUCCUCGCCAGAACAGGGACAACGCGUCAUCCCUGAAGACCAGCAAAACCGAAAUCGGCUUUGAGGCGGACCGAAAGAGGUGCUCUGUCUGGGCGAACUUCGAGAACACACCUGAGGCGGCCUUCUCCCCCAGCCUGCGAAAUAGCGCGUUGAAGAACUCCCUCCCGGGCUCCGUGAAGUUGGAGGCCGCGAAGGCGUCGCUGCACCAGCAGCCCUGCACGAUUGGAGCUCUCAUUGGCCUGAACAGCGUCCGCGAGCGGUGGAGCAUCACGAGACUGCCCCAAAUCGCCACGGACCAGGGGUCGCACCGGUCGCACCGGUCGAGGCAGGCGCCCCCGGGGUCGGCGCACGGCAGGGCGCAGCAGCGCUGCUCCUGCGGCGUGGGCCAGGAGGCGGUCCACGUGACCCCUGACGGCGUCCAGCGCGUCCGCCGUGCUCGGCGAAUAGUGUCGUCCAUCUCCUUGCGCUUGUUGGCCGUGCCGAUGAUCAUCCAGUCUGGCGCCGACGCCAUCUCCGAGCCUCCUGCUGCCUCUCGCUCGUUGGGCCUCGCCGCUGGUGCCGCGCCCUCCCCCGGCAUCGUCGAGUGCAGGAAGGUGGAGGAAAUGAGUCGGGGCGAGAGCUGGCAGGGCGAGCCGCUGGGCCAGCCCCGCAGCUGCUGGAAGUGCUGCUCCAAGGUUUUCCAGGUCAUGACCGGCGAGAAUUGGAAUUGGAUCAUGUACGCCGGCAUGAGGGCGAAGGGCUGGGGCUAUGCCCUCUAUUUCGUCUUCAUGAUUCUGUUCGGGCAGACGCUCAUACUGAGCUUGUUUUUGACGAUGUUGAUGUCAAAGUUCGACGAAGUACAAGAUGAGCUUGAAGAGGAGGAGAAGAUCAAGAUACAGGAAAGAAAGGCGAACAAGCUGGCCCAGAGGCGCAAACUGAUGAAGAAACUCACCGCCAGCAAGGUUGACAACAAAGGAUUGUCCACGGGGCUCUCCGGCGACGACAAAGUGGGCGGCAGGUCCGAGGAGGGUCUCGACAUUGUGGAGUCGCGCACUUCGGAGGUGGAGCAGGACCUGUCGAAGGCGGAUAAGACUUCUUUGGGCCCCGCGGAGAUCAAGUCGCAGGAAGACGAGGACGACCUGCCCGGCUCACGCAUGAGCCGCAACAGCAGCCAGCUGUUCCAGACCCCCUUGCAGGUCGCCUGGGCUGCCACGGCAAACCCAAUCCUGAGCAGGUGUAGCCGCCGGCCCCGCCGCUGGUAGGAGCUGUUGGAGG